UAAGAAAGUCUCUCUAAGGAUUAGCUUGGACUCAGGCAUCAAUAAUUGGAGUUAGCUAGAUAUUGUAUCUCUGAUCAUAUGGGUAGGCCGGAGACCAACCAAGUUGUUGAAACAGUUCAGCCUGCAACAGUAACGCCACCAACAUGGCAGCAAGUUCAAGAAAAUAUUCAACAUGGGAUUCCUCAGGAUCCUUCUGCUACUCCUGUGGUGGUUGAGAAUAUGGUUACUGGACAUCCUUGGACGACUGGAUUGUUUGAUUGUCAUGAACACCAAACAAAUGCCGUUAUGACAGCAUUUUUCCCUUGUGUAACAUUUGGGCAGAUAGCAGAAGUACUGGAUGAUGGAGAGAUGACUUGUCCUUUAGGAAGCUUCAUCUAUCUGUUAAUGAUGCCUGCUUUGUGCUCUCAAUGGAUUAUGGGCUCCAAGUACAGAUCAAAGCUAAGGAGGAUUUAUAAUUUGGUAGAAGCUCCUUACUCAGAUCUUGUCUCCCAUUUCUUCUGCCCCUGUUGUUCUCUUUGUCAAGAGUUUAGAGAGCUUAAAAACAGAGGAUUUGAUCCUUCCUUAGGUUGGAAUGGGAUACUUGCUCAACAGCGCGAAAGACAUUAUCAUGAUCAGCAAGUAAAUGCUCCUCCCCAAGAUCAAGUCAUGUCUAGGUGAAAUUGUAGGUUGUCUUGUCAAGUUCCUGAAAUUAAAACAGCUUCUGUCUUAUGGUUUGAUUUAUAUACAUUGUUGUCCAAAAGAUUAUUUUUAUUACAAAGAACACUGCAUUUGAAGUUAUAAUUCCAACAUCUUCCUUUCUUGGGAAA